AUGGCGCUUAUUUCUGUCUUCCUCCAGACGAUGUACCUAGUUUUGGUAGAGAGGUCUGGUGCAGAAGAUGGGCUUUCAUCGAUUGAAAUCAUGUUUUACAACAGUCUUCUUUCCUUGCCAUUCUUGGCGUUUCUCAUAAUAGUUACUGGAGAAUUCCCAAUUUCAAUCUCAUUAUUAUAUGCAAAGAGUGCUUCCUUGUACUUUUGGGUGAUGUUUGUUCUUUCCCUAGUGAUGGCCAUAAUCUUAAACUACACCAAGUUUUUUAUGUACAAUUGUCAAUUAUGCCCUUACUACAACCACUGUGGGGGACCUCAAGGGCGUCAGAUCCACAACUCUUGGGUUCUUCUUACUAGGAGGAGUUCCAGUACACUUUCUGAAUGUGAGUGGAUUGGUGAUCUACACUCUCGGUGGUUUGUGGUAUUCGCUUGCCUUAGAGCAAAUGGCAACUGCAUUACUUAUACACUUUGGAAGAAUAAUGGGAUAUGGACAAGAGCCAAACCACUAAAUGUUGACACUGCAAAAAAAGCUUAUACUGGUUUCACUAUUUUAUAAUGGAAAUGUGGCUUUUUCUUUGGCAAGCUUGAAAGGAGUCAACAUUCCAAUGUACAUUGCUAUAAAACGACUUACGCCCCUAGCUGUAUUAAUUGCUGUACUUUUUAUAAAAAAGGGAAACAAUCAAAAUAGUCUAUCAUGUAUAUUUGUUAUAUGAAUUUGUUGUUUAUAAAUAUGACAAAUAGCAACGUAAUUUCUGAU